AUGAAGUCGUUGACAUCAAUCGCAUUGAUUGCUUCAAUCAUAGUAGCAUUCUAUACUCAACUUGUUUUGGGUGGUUCCUCGAACUUACCAAAGAACCCACCUGUGACAAACAAGGUAUAUUUCGACGUCGAGGAGGAUGGCAAAUCGAUUGGCCGUAUCACCAUUGGUCUCUUUGGCACGGUUGUUCCAAAAACUGUUGAGAACUUCAGAGUCUUGUGUACCGGCGAGCUUGGACCUAGCUACGAAAAUACCGUUUUCCACAGAGUGAUCAAGGAUUUCAUGAUUCAAUCCGGAGAUUUUGAAUAUGGCCAAGGGUAUGGUGGUUAUUCUCCUACCCACAACAAUGGGAAGUUCGACGACGAAAACUUUGAAUUGAAACAUGACAGAAAGUACCGUUUGAGCAUGGCCAAUGCUGGAAAGAACACCAACGGGAGUCAGUUUUUCAUCACCACUGCCUUAACAAAGUGGUUGGACGGGGCACAUGUUGUGUUUGGCGAGGUCUUAGAUGGCAAGGAUGUUGUUGAUUACAUUGAAAAUGUCAAAACUGGUAGAGGUGACCGUCCAGUCAAAGAAAUCAAAAUUGUUGCUUCUGGGGAGUUGAAGGAUAG